GAACCAUUUGAUGCGACAGAUUUCGUUGAACGGUUAGCGUGGAGACUGACGGGUAAUAAUGAAGAGAUUAAUGUGAUUGACUUAAAAACGAAAUUCGAAGAGGAAAUUGGCAAUUUGCAGAUGCUGAGUGAUCAGUUUCAGUCGAAAAUCGCGUCAUUAGAACAGCAGUGCAACAGUGGUAAAAAAGAGUACUUGAAUAUACUUCAUUCAUUACACGAUCAGAAUGCAAACGCAUUAGACAAGCUCAAGCAAUUGGACAGUACGAUGCAGUCAGUCUCAACGAAAGUGGUCCAUUUGGGUGAUCAGCUCGAGAGCGUGCACAUACCUCGGGCUCGAGCAAGCGAAGCGUUGCAACUGAUCAAACAUUUCGAUGAAUUCCUUGCUGACCAACCUCUCAAUUCAGAUAUUUUCACUGAUCCCGAUAGGUUAUUGGAAUCGGCGUCGAUGAUCCAAAAGUUAUCGUUGAUAUCACAAGAGUUAUCCAAAGACAAGUACAACACCGUCCAAAUCCGAAUCGCACACAAAUACGACGAAAUCGAGCGGUUAAUGAUCGAGGAAUUUGUUAGAGCGCAUCGUGUGGGCGAUCGUUUCAGAAUGAAACGAAUCGCGAACAUUCUCUCUGAAUUCAAGGGUUAUUCACAGUGUCUGGAUGCCUUCGUAGAGCACAUGCAAAUCAACGCAUUUCGAGGCGUGGAUAUAUUCGACGAUAUGUUAACACUCUGUCAAAAAACACAGCCUAUGCUCGAAGAAAUUUUCCCCAAUCCCGAACAAGUCAUGUCGAAACUUGUACUCAACUUCUUUCACGGCAAACUUCAGGAAACAUUAUGCUCAAAACUGAGUGAUCCUGAAAACGACUUGGAUGCCUACUUAAACAGUCUGCAUGAUCUUUAUGCAAGAACACAGAAAUUGGUAUCGAAUCUAUCGACGUUUAAAGUCGGCGGGUCAGAUGCUCAUUUCCUACCGACUUUAGUGCAUUCGGUCUUCGUGAAGUACUUAGAAACAUAUCCGAAAUAUGAACAACAGUUCUUAUGUGAACAGUGCAAAGCGAUACUCAGUCGCUACUAUGAUUCGAAAGGACAUCACAAGAAACAGAUCACCAGUGGAGGGUUACAAGAUUUAAAGCGUGACAUUCAAGCACGCCUAUUGAACGUUGAUAAUUAUGGUGGUGAGACGUUCUUGUCUGAGGAAGUGGCUAUAAAUAUCCUUCAUGAAGCAAAAAAUGCUUUCCAGCGGGGUCAAUUGUUGUGUAUGAAAGAAGAGUCAUCAAAAGUCAUCGAGACAAUAUUCGAUAUUUUGAUUCGAUACUUAUACACUGAACAUGUCGAUUACGCCAUUGAUCUAUCGUUAGCCGGUAUAUCGUUAGCGGAACCGAAAUCAGAACCACCCAACUACUUCUUUGGAGUUGUUCAGCAGGCGGGUGCUAUAACACAUCUAUUCACGAAGCAGUAUGAUGACUUCAUAUAUCCUCUUAUUGAAGAUAGUGAAGUAGAAGAGAGUUGUGCGAAGAAGCGUGAUGGAUGUUUGAGGAGUGUCGAGGGUCGUUUGAAUCUGGGAUUGGAAAGGCAAUUAAACUCACUGAUAGGUUAUGUUAGAUUCAUAUUGUCAAGUGAGCAAAAGAAGCAAGACUUCAGACCGGAUGAGGACAAUCAGCAGAUUACGGUGAUGUCGAAUGCGUGUGCUGCAGUGGUGAAGUACAUCAGUGCAGAAACGACAGUGAUUUCCGAGUGUGUGGAUGGAGGCAAUUUAAGGACGGUUAUGAGCGAGUUGAGUGAACGCUUUUACAGGACUAUAUUGGCACAUAUCUACCAGUUUAGUUAUAACUCACAAGGGGCGAUGUUGUUGUUGUGUGAUAUUAAUGAAUACAGAAAAUGUGCGAUGUUAUGGAAGAUAGCCGAGGUGAGCAAGAAGUUCGAGUCGUUGCAGGCGUUAGCGAAUCUUUUGGUGGUAGUACCUGAGAAUCUGAAUGAGGCUUGUUCAUCACAGUUGCUGGUGAGUAGUUGCGAACAUAUUGGUGACUUGGUAAUGAGGAUGGAUUUAAUGAGUGUGUUGCAGGCUGAUAUCGAUCGCGGAAUGGUAAAUAACUUUAUUCAAUUACGAGUGGAUUAUCGAUCAGCGCGAUUACAUCUGAACGUAAUCUGA